GGUUGGGGAAGUUGGUGGUGGUGGGCUGGUGUUUCUAGGACCACUUUGUUUUAUAUUUUGGUGUGGUGUAGUGCUAUGUGCUCUGUUUGAAUUCUUGAAACAAAUUUGUACUUUUGGGAGAGUUUUUCCUUGCCUUCAUGUAGACAAUCACAAGCAAGCGAUUACAGAAGCUAUCCAGGUUAUUCUAGCGGUUAUUUUUGCUAUUAUCUGCUGGUGCCAGCAUGCAUCUUAUUAGACAAUGGCACCACUUUGCUUGUUUUGAGCUGGUUUUAUUAGGUGAUUCUGGUGUUGGUAAAAGCUGUAUUGUUCUUCGCUUUGUUCGUGGCCAGUUUGAUCCAACAUCCAAGGUAACUAUUGGAGCUUCAUUUUUGUCACAAACAAUAGCUUUACAGGAUUCUACAACAAUUAAGUUUGAGAUAUGGGAUACUGCUGGACAAGAAAGGUAUGCCGCACUAGCACCGCUAUAUUACAGAGGUGCUGCAGUUGCAGUUAUUGUGUACGAUAUAACAAGCCCAGAGACAUUCAACAAAGCACAGUAUUGGGUUAAGGAGCUACAAAAACAUGGGAGCCCUGAUAUAGUCAUGGCUUUAGUAGGUAACAAGGCUGAUCUUCAUGAGAAGCGAGAAGUACCCACUCAAGAUGGCAUUGAAUAUGCGGAGAAGAAUGGGAUGUUCUUUAUUGAGACAUCUGCAAAAACUGCAGAUAAUAUAAAUCAACUGUUUGAGGAAAUUGCUAAGCGACUCCCGCGCCCUUCCUCAACAUGACUGCGGACCCUUGAAACUGAAUUAACUAGAUUGCCUCAAAUGUUACAAGAAAACCACUUGCCUGUAUCAACUUUGUGUAUAUCUUGGUAGUUGCUCUAUUCUGUGAUUUGACUGUCACUUAAGUUGAAAAUCUACAUUCCCUGUUAUUAUCAUGAAUAACAAAUGCAGCGUGUUGACUUGCAGUCCACAAGUUUAUGGUGGACAACCAUGUGAAAGGACUGCAUAAAAUUGUUGCUAAGUGUUUCAAAUGUUAUAGUUUUCGGGUAA